AUGGAGGGGGAUCCCCUGGCCACGCCCGGCACAAGCAACGGCGCGGGGUCGCGCCCCGCGGGCCAGCCGCCCGCGUACGAGAGCGUGGUGAUGGCCGACGCGGUCUCGUCAUCCUCCCUGGCCGCGGGAAGGGACUCGAACUACCGAAAGUCUUCCGAGUUCGAGAUCACGGUGACCGACCCUGUCAAGCAGGGCGAGCGCGUGGCGGCCUAUGUAACAUACAAAGUCCGCAGCAAGACGUCGAUGAGCCAAUACAAGCAGGGGUCGAGCGAGGUGAUACGGCGGUUCCGAGACUUUGCUUGGCUGUACGAUAAGCUCCACGAGCGGUACAAGGGGAUCAUCAUUCCGCCCCUGCCAGAAAAGAAUGCGGUUCAGAAGUAUCAGAUGUCUACAGAGUUCAUCGAGCAGCGCAGGAGGGGCCUGCAAAUCUUUGUGAACCGGGUGGCUGCCCAUCCCAAACUGAAGUACAGCAACGAGCUGCAGUUGUUCUUGGAGGCCACUGAGGAUGUGUGGAUGAUGGAAGUUGCCCGAAUGAACCAAGAGUCAGGAGGCGCCAAAAAAACCAUCAACAACACUAUGCAGUUUUUUAAGGACCUUGGCCACUCAGCCACUAACCUGAUGGCUGGCAAAUCGGAUGACGAAGAGGAGGACCCUGAUUACCUAAAAGUCAGGGAGUACCUGGUCCACUUGGAGUCCCACCUGAUUGAGGCCCAUAGGCAAUCGGCACGGCUCAUCAGGAAGCAGGGCGAGCUGGGCAUCGCUGUGGGGGAGUUUGGUCAGGCUGCAGAGAAGCUGGGCAAGUUUGAAGAGGGCUCGCUGCAGGAUGCGUUUGUGCACCUUGGCAACCAUGCAGGGGAUUUGUCCACCGUAUCACGUGACAGUGCCAACUCCCUCUCCUAUCAGUUCGAAGCCCCCUUGAAGGAGUUUACCCGUAUGAUGAAGUCGGUGCGGGCAGUAAUGGCAGACCGCACAAAUGCGCUGUCCUUCCUGCAGCAGGCCAAGGCAGACCUGGAUGCCAAGCGUGUGAAGAUGAACAAGCUCAAGAGUACACCAGGCAUCAAGGAGGAGAAGGUGGUGGAGGCGGAGCGCGAGCGGGACCAGGCGGACCUGAGGCUGCAAAAUGCGCGUGCUGCAUACGAGACGAUCGUGGAGCGCAUGAACGAGGAGCUGGCACGGUUCCAGAAGGAGCGUGCUGUGGAAAUGUCUCAGGUGUUGAGGGACUUUGCGCUGGCUCAGGCCCAGCUGGCCAGUGAGACGGCCAGGUCGUGGAGCUCGCUCGUCACAGAGCUGCAACCGGCGGCCCCAGCCUGA